CAUCGCUAUUGCGGCAUCCUAUCUCGGUUUGGGAAGCCCACUACCUCUUUCUUUCCUCUCGGGGGACGACAGUGAGGCCCAGGAGGAAGGACCAGGGAUAAGUUGAAAAGUCCAGUGAAAGGAGCGUUCUGAGGUGUUACAACAGUGAGGCAGCCCCCGCCCAUGCUCAGUGAGCACUACUGCCUCGGUAGCUGACAUGGCCGCCGACCACGUGACCCAGACUCGGCGCCGGCUUGGUUCCUGUCGCUUUAGUUCAGUACUCUUGGUUCUUCGUUUCCCUCCUUUUCUCUCUUACGGAAUUCAGUACUGCUUUUCUUUCCUCAGGAAAAGUGCCGAACAGACUCUUGAAAACCCAGAAAGGGGCGCGCUAGUGUUGGCGCGUGCGCAGGGUGUUGCCACUGGAACCGGACCGGGCACGGAGGAAGAGGCUGGGUGGUAAACAGGAAGUGGACGCUGGGAGUUCGGGACGCCCCUCAGAAAACAUCCAGAGAAAAUGACCCAUUGGUUUCAUAGGAAUCCAUUAAAAGCUACAGCUCCUGUCUCUUUUAACUACUAUGGUGUGGCCGCUGGUCCUCCUGCUUCAAAAAUUUGCAAUGACUUGAGAACAUCCAGGGCAAGACUCCUUGAAUUGUUCACUGAUUUGAGCUGUAAUCCAGAAAUGAUGAAGAAUGCUGCAGACUCAUACUUUUCACUCUUGCAAGGGUUCAUAAAUUCACUGGAUGAAUCUACCCAGGAAAGCAAGUUACGAUAUAUUCAGAAUUUCAAGUGGACGGAUACGUUACAAGGACAUGUUCCGAGUGCCCAGCAGGAUGCUGUUUUUGAAUUAAUUUCCAUGGGAUUUAAUGUAGCUCUGUGGUAUACCAAAUAUGCUUCAAGACUGGCGGGAAAAGAAAACAUAACAGAAGAUGAAGCAAAGGAAGUUCAUCGAAGCCUGAAAAUUGCAGCUGGGAUUUUUAAACAUUUAAAGGAAAGUCAUAUCCCCAAACUUAUUACUCCUGCAGAAAAGGGAAGGGAUUUAGAGGCACGACUCAUAGAAGCUUAUAUUAUCCAGUGUCAGGCUGAAGCUCAAGAAGUAACAAUUGCCCGAGCAAUUGAACUUAAACAUGCUGCUGGACUAAUUGCUGCACUGGCAUAUGAGACAGCCAAUUUUUAUCAAAAAGCUGAUCAUACUUUAUCCAGUUUGGAGCCUGCAUAUUCUGCAAAAUGGAGAAAAUAUCUUCACUUGAAAAUGUGUUUCUACACAGCUUAUGCUUACUGUUAUCAUGGUCAGACUUUGUUGGCUAGUGAUAAAUGUGGUGAAGCAAUCAGGUCUUUGCAAGAAGCAGAAAAAUUGUAUGCAAAGGCAGAAGCAUUAUGCAAAGAAUAUGGAGAAACCAAAGGACCUGGACCAACAGUCAAACCUUCAGGACACUUGUUCUUUAGGAAACUGGGAAACCUUGUGAAGAAUACCCUAGAAAAAUGUCAAAGAGAAAAUGGAUUUAUUUACUUUCAAAAAAUUCCAACAGAAGCCCCACAGCUGGAACUCAAAGCAAAUUAUGGGCUAGUAGAGCCAGUGCCUUUUGAAUUUCCUCCUACAAGUGCUCACUGGACACCGGAAACGUUGGCUGCAUUUGAUCUCACCAAGAGACCCAAGGAUGAUGGUGCCAAACCCAAGCCUGAUGAAGAAGUAAAACCUGUGAAAGAACCAGAUAUCAAACCUCAAAAGGACACUGGGUGCUAUCUCUCCUAAAACAUAAAAUGUGCUUAGAAUUCUUCUACAAUUAGAUAAGAAAACCACACAACUUGUGUUCACAUUUCUUGGAAUGAUUUCUCUGAAGCUUAUAGCAUAAUUAUUACAUUCAGAGGGGAUCUGCCUUCAGUGCAUUCGUUCUUGAUUUUUAAGGUGAUGAAGAUGUUUUUAAUCAGGACAACAUUUGGAAGGUUUCAUUGUGUCUCUGACAGGUAUAUUUGAUGAUUGGAUCUUUUUUGAACUCUGGUUAGUAAGUUCCAGCUUCAUGUAUUAUAGGCCUGAAUUGUUUUCAGGUAUGUUUUUUCUGUCAUCACAAAAAUGUUUAUUUUUAUUUUCCUUUUAUUUGAUACCAGAAGAAUGGCAAGAAUCAAUUUCAAGCAGAGACAGUCUUUUUUUCCCUUACCCUUGUGUAAAUUGUAGCACAGACUUGUUAUGUUCUGAGUCAAUUAUCUUUUCUGGUGGGGGAAAAAGCUCUUAUAGUUAAAGAUCAGAAAACUUUCAUACCAAUCCCUUACAUAUGCUGGAAUCUAUAAUUUACUCAAAAAUUAGUGUUUGUAGAUAAGUUGAGACCUUUAAGAACUUUUCCUUAUUCUAGUAUCUGCUUCAUUCAUUCUCAAAAUCCUACAAUGAUUUUUAUAAAUACUUUUUCUAUUGGGUUUUUUACUUAGAGGAUAGAACUUUGUAAGUGUUUAAUGUUUAUAUGUAAGGGAAGACAGUAAGAAUGAAAAAUGGUUUUUAAAGAAGUAAAUAUUGCAUGAUAUAAAGAAAAAACUUCAAACAUGAAUGAGAUAGGUUGUCCUGUAUCACACUGGUGACUACUACUUUGUUUGAGAAGCUUAUUAGUAAAAUGCCUUUGUUAGCUGAUUUUGGUGUACAUUGUUUUUAUAUGGUUUUCUAAUACAUAUGCAUAUAUCUCCUACCAGAAUUGCAUUGCUUUAGGUCAAAGGCCAUAGCAAAAACUUAGAGAACAAACAUAGAUACAGAAUGAUCUUAAAAAAUGAAUUUAAUAGGGCUGGCAAUAUAGCUCUGUAGUAAAAGACCCUGGGAAAAGAUUAUAAUCAUUUGAAACAGUUUAGUAUAUACACAGACUUGAGAAAUAGUUUGUAAUACUUAAACAAAACUCACAUAUCUGUAGAUUUAUCUUGUGUUGAUUAUUCUCCUGAAAAGUUAAUUUAUUAUUAUAAAUGACAGAUUUUUUUUUUUAACGGAAAUAAUAACAGUAGUGUAUUUUGAAAGCUUACUUUGUGCCAGGCAUUGUGCUGAGCACUUACAUAGAUAUACCAUUGAGUUCACACAGCAACCCUUAAUAAAUACAUAAAAUCUGCGUAAAGUGUCAAAAUAGGAAUAUGCAUUUUAUUAUGAAGAAUGAGUAAAUUAUGUCUAGCCGAAUCAAGAUUGUGUUCAAAUAAAUGAUCGCUUAAAUCAGAUAUCAUAUUUUACACUGCUUUUGAAAAACUACAUGGAAUUCAAGGGUUUUUUUUUAAUAUGUGGAAAUGCUAACUACUGCUUGCAGUAUAUAUUUAAUAUCUGAAGUUACAGUUUCUGGAAUAUUUGGAGCAAUUACUGAACAGUUUUAUUUUGCUGCUUAUAGAAAAUAUUAAAGUUCACUGUUAAAAAUCACUUACUACAAAUUGACUUGUUGCUGUAUGUCAUCUGCUGACAAAACUUUAAACAGUACUUGAGGACCUAUUUAUCUUAGGUACUAGUGCUUAUUAACCUAGUUACUAAAUUUUCAUAUUGAUAUUUUUGUGGAUUAUACUACCAUGUUUGAAAUGGAAACAUGUGAUAUGCUCAGUGCUUCUGUAAAAUGCAGUAAAUACUGGUAUUUAAAUAAAUAAUUUGUCAGUUUUGACAUGAUCAAAAGUAUUCUGUUGACUCAGCUUUAUCCUUUUAAUACCCCAUUAUAUGUAAGAUUUUUUGAAAUGGUGUUGGAAAUUAUCAAAUGUAAAGAAGUUGCAUGAAAGUUAGAGGGAGGUGUAACUAUUUGUAUUAACUAUUGCAUAAAUUUCAUACCAGGCUGUGACAGCUUACAUAUUGCUUCUGCUAAGUGUUGUUUGUAUAAUGAAUUAUCUUUAUUUAUGAAAAUAAAAGUAAUUUUA